AUAGAAGAUGAACCAAACAAUCAGUCAGCUUUCUUUCUUUCCUUGUAAGAGAUUUGCUUCGAGGCAUCUCUCAACUUCUUUGGUGGACCCAUUUUUUUAUACUUCUAUUAACCUUUAACAAAAAUUCAUGAUUCUCACUCUCUACUUUUUUUUGUGGGUUUUGUGUUCUUCGUACUAUCAAAGCCUAGCUUUUUAAAUGAUUCUCUUCUAUCAGUUUUUUCUUCAUUUCAAGCUCUUCUGUACAAUUACAUGGUUGUGUUAAUUGAAAAGGCUUGUAGAAGAAAGAAGAGUUGCAGUGAAAGAUGUCUUCGAGGUCAACUCAAAGGACAAGUAAGAUGUCUUCAAGGUCAACUCAAAGGACAAGUUCUAGGGGUAGUUCGGCUCGUUCGAGGCAUGAUGCCCGGGUAAUGGCUCAAACCCCCGUUGAUGCCAAGCUUGCUUUGGAUUUUGAUGAGUCGAAGCGCCACUUUGAUUAUUCAUCCUCAGUUGAUGUCAAUUUGUCAAAUUCUACUAGCAAUAUCUCUCCUUCAACAGUUUCAUCCUACCUUCAAAAGAUCCAAAGAGGGAGUCUUGUCCAGUCUUUCGGGUGUCUGAUUGCCAUUGAUGAGCAGGACUUCCGUAUCCUUGCGUACAGUAAAAAUGCCCCUGAGGUGUUGGAGUUGAAUCCAACUGCUGUCCCCAACUUCCAACAACGUGAGGUUCUAAAUCUUGGAGCUGAUAUAAGAACACUUUUUAAAGAAUCAAGUGCUUCUUCACUGCAAAAAGCUGUACAUCUUCCUGAGGUUAAUCUUCUCAAUCCCUUGCUUGUUCAUUGUAAAAACUCGCAUAGGCCUUUUUAUGCCAUUCUGCAUAGAAUUGAUGUGGGGUUGGUCAUAGACUUGGAGCCAGUAAAUGCUGAUGAUACAGAUGUAACAACUGCAGGAGCUUUAAAGUCUUAUAAGCUUGCAGCUAAAGGGAUUUCAAGAUUACAAUCAUUGCCCAGCCAAAAUAUUCAACUUUUGUGUGAUGUUUUAGUUAAUGAAGUGAAGGAAUUAACGGGUUAUGAUCGGGUUAUGGUGUAUAAAUUUCAUGACGAUGAGCAUGGGGAAGUGAUUGCUGAGUAUAGUAGGCCUGAAUUGGAACCUUAUCUUGGCUUGCAUUAUCCGGCAACAGAUAUACCUCAAGCUUCGAGAUUUUUGUUUUUGAGAAACAAGGUGAGGAUGAUAUGUGAUUGUCUUGCUUCUCCCGUGAAGGUGAUUCAAGAUGAAAAAUUGAGUCAACCUCUGAGUCUUGGUGGAUCAACUUUAAGAUCACCCCAUGGUUGUCAUGCACAAUAUAUGGCAAAUAUGGGUACCAUUGCAUCUCUUGUAAUGGCUGUGACAAUUAAUGAGGAAGAUGAUGAGGUUAAUGAUGGACAGAGAGGAAGAAAGCUAUGGGGUUUGGUUGUGUGUCAUCACUCAAGAUCCAGAUUUGUUUCAUUUCCUCGAAGAUCUGCAUGUGAGCUUUUAGUUCAGGUCUUUGGCAUACAAAUAAACAAGGAAGUUGGUUUGGCUGCUCAAAUGAGGGAAAAACACAUUUUGAAAAUUCAGACUGUUCUUUGUGAUAUGCUCAUGAGAGACUCCCCUGUAGCCAUUGUUACCCAAUCACCUAAUGUAAUGGACCUGAUUAAGUGCGAUGGAGCUGCACUCAUCUUUAAGAGCAAAGUAUGGCUCCUUGGUAUCACUCCAACUGAGGAACAGCUUAGAGAUAUAGAUCAGUGGCUUGUUGAUCACCAUGGCCCCACUAAAGGAUUCAGUACUGACAGCCUAAAAGAAGCUGGUUAUCCUAAUGCUUCACAACUUGGGGAUGCAGUCUGUGGGAUGGUUUCAGUUAGGAUAACUUCACAAGAUAUCCUGUUUUGGUUUAGAUCCCAUACAGCGAAAGAAAUAAAAUGGGGUGGUGCAAAACAUGACCCUGUGGACACCGAUGAUAGAAGAAAGAUGCAUCCAAGAUCAUCAUUUAAUGCCUUCUUAGAGGUAGUCAAGUGGAGAAGUCUACCUUGGGAAGACAUGGAAAUGGAUGCUAUCCAUUCAUUACAGCUCAUAUUACGAAGAGUAUUGAAGGAUAAUGCUACAAUUACAGAUGAUUCAAAAACCACUACAAACAAUUCAAAAAUGAUUGUGAAUGUGCCUGGAGUUGAUAACUCAUUAGUGAAUCAACUCCAAACCGUGACUGGUGAAAUGAUUCGUCUCAUUGAAACAGCUGCUGUUCCGAUUUUCUCUGUGGACGUGUCUGGUGUCAUUAAUGGAUGGAAUGUCAGAAUGGCUGAAAUAACUGGUUUACUUAUAGAGAAAGCAGUUGGCUUACAUUUAGUUGAUGUUGUUGCUGAUGAAACAGUUGGAACAAUUAAAAAUGUUCUCUCCUUGGCUGUACAAGGCAUAGAAGAGAAAGAUGUUGAAGUAAGAUUAAGAACCUUUGGUUCCCUGGAAAAGGAUAACCCUGUGGUUUCAGUAAAUGCAUGUUGUAGUCGGGAUGUGGAUGAAAAUGUUACAGGAAUUUGCUUUAUCGGGCAAGACGUUACUUUACAGAAAGUCAUUAUGGAAAAAUAUACUCAACUGCAGGGUGAUUAUACUGGAAUUGUGAGGAACCCUAAUCAUCUUAUUCCUCCAAUAUUUAUGAUGGAUGAGCAAGGUCUAUGCUUGGAGUGGAAUGAUGCAAUGGAAAAACUAUCUGGUUUUGGGAAAGAGGAAACCAUUGGUCGGAUGCUUCUUGGGGAGGUGUUCACUACUGAAAGUAACGGUUGCCUGGUCAAAGAUCAUGACACCUUGACCAAGCUCAGGAUACUACUAAAUAAAAUAAUCGGAGGUGAGGAUGCAGAUAAAGUGUGUUUUAUGUUCUUGGAUCGGCAUGGUAAAUGUGUUGAUACAUUGCUCUCUGCAAGUCCACGAACUGAUGCUGAAGGAAAGGUCACCGGAGUUUUGUGUUUUCUCCAUUUACCAAGUCCAGAACUUCAAUAUACCAUGCAUUUGCAGAGGAUUUCGAAAAAGGCUGCUGAGAAUACCCUAAAUAAGUUAGCAUAUUUUCGAGAGCAAAUCAGAAAUCCAAUACAAGGGAUGCUAUUUACACGCAAUUUGGUAGAAUCAUCUGAGUUGAAUGGAGGGCAAAAGCAGUUGAUGGUGACAAGGACAUUGUGUGAAGAUCAGUUAAUGAAGAUAGCUGAGGACACUGAUAUCCCAAGUAUUGAGGAAGGUUACAUGGAAACCAUAACUGCUAAAUUCAAUCUUAGGGAUGCUCUUGAGGCUGUCAUGAGUCAGGUAAUGCCCUUUAGCCAGGAAAGCCAGGUGCAGCUCAUGCGUAAUUCACCUUCUGGUCUAUCUUCUAUGUAUCUGGAUGGAGACAAUUUGAGGCUACAGCAAGUCCUUUCAGAUUUUUUGGCAGUUGCUAUCCGUUUUACCCCUGCAUGCAGUGGAUCCUCUGUUAUGUUCAUGGUAAAUCCUAGAAGGGAAUCUCUAGGAAAAAAGAUGCAACUUCUUCGUGUUGAAUUUAGGAUUAUACAUCCAUCCCCAGGGGUCCCAGAAGAUCUGAUCCAAGAGAUGUUCCACCGCAACACAGGCAUGUCAAGAGAAGGACUGAGCUUGUACAUUAGCCACAAGCUUGUCAGAAUCAUGAAUGGCACUCUGCAAUAUCUUAGGGGAGAAGGUCACUCAUCUUUCAUCAUUCACCUGGAAUUUCCGCUUAUCCAAGAUAUUGGCCACAAGUGAAGUUACUUUAAACUUCUUAAGCAAAGCAGCUGUCAAAACUUGGAAGAAAUCUUAUUCCAAGAGGGCAGUUCAAGAACUGAUCUCUGUAGCCUUGCACCAGUUUUCAGAUAAUGAGCAGGAGGGGCCUUUGAUGAGUUAUUCUUUUUAAGAAUUCUGCGAGCCAUUGUUUGCGUUUCAAUUUACUGGGGAAAGGGCUUUCACACCGUUCAGUGUUCCAUUUUGUGGUUCAAGCCCUCAUGAACAUUCUGAACUUAUGGUGUUAUAGGAAGCUGUAGGCUGUAGCUGAAAGGGAUAUUUUAGGACUUUGAAAAUGGUGGUUAUUGGUCAGAAUAAUGACUUCCAAAUGAGUUCGGUAGGGAGGCAAUAUGUAUUUUAUGAGCUGCUAUGUGCAGAUUAAUUUCGAUGUUUCUCUACAGGGUGAAGCUGAGUAAAAUAAAACAGAUUUGUAAAUAUGCUGAUCUGUCACUUCUGUUCUGUUGUAAUUAGUGAAGUAGCUAAAUCAGGUAGGCGGAUUUGUGCGAAAGAGGGCUCCUGGGUACUCUCUUCUAGGAUAUAGUCUUCAGAUUGUAGUUCGAUACCAGUAGCUCUAGCUAGAAUAUGAGAAAGUCUGAUGAAUAGAGGACAGAAUAUCUCAAGGUUCAUAGAAGAGUCAAUUUGUAUAUGCAGUAUCCAUCUAAUUGACAUUAAUCCACUGCUUGACAUGCGUGUGUAUGACUAUGCUCAAACAUUCCAACUAUGUUAGUCUCUCAAGUGUUUUCCGGAAAGUCUUCUUUAUAGAAUCAAUGGCCAAAGUAACUCUAUCUCAUCUACCUCUUUCCAAAUCAACUGCAACAUCAAAGAGAAAGGAGGGGAAUGGAAUCAAUGGAUUUUCUGUUUUACACAGUACUUCUGGCAUUUUCAUCUACUGUCAUAUGGCCAUAUUUCAUCAAAGUUUGUACAGAUGCGAAAAGCAGGUCCCCUACAUUCCGACUUGCAAAGCCAGAUUAUGAGCUUCCUAGGUAUGUUUCCUACUGUAAUAGAUACAUCUUACAAAGUCAUCGAAGAUAUUAUAUCAGUGUUGACCCUCUGGAGUUAUGACUUGCAAGAUUUUUACAAUUGAAGUUUGUCCCAUGUAUACCUCAUCCUGAUUCCAAAUAAUUACUUUCUUUGUUUGACAACAGUAGUCUCAUGUACUGGUUUUUGAUGUCUGGAAAAAUCUGGUGCAUCCGUGCAUGGGUGAUGCCCUGAGUAACUUUGUAAAAUAUAAUUAAAUUUUUGAAUAAGUGAACAGAAUUGUUAACUAGGAA